GGUAGUCGAGAAGCAGCAUUUGUCUAUGCAAUUUCCUAUGCUGGUGUUGUUUAUGCCAUUACUAGAGCUUGCAGCCAAGGAGAACUGAAAUCCUGCAGCUGUGAUCCAAAAAAGCGAGGGCGAUCCAAGGACAAGAAAGGAGACUUUGACUGGGGAGGGUGUAGUGACAAUAUCGAUUUUGGGAUUGAAUUUGCCAAGGACUUUGUAGACGCCAAGGAAAGAAGAGUAAGGGAUGCUCGAGCCUUGAUGAACUUGCACAAUAACCGCGUUGGAAGGAUGGCAGUAAAACGUUUUAUGAAGCUUGAAUGUAAGUGCCAUGGGGUCAGUGGGUCAUGCACAUUAAGGACUUGUUGGCGAGCCAUGUCAGAUUUUCGAAAGACAGGAGACUAUCUCAGAAGAAAAUACAACGGGGCAAUCCAGGUCACCAUGAAUCAAGAUGGUACUAGCUUCACAGUAGCCAAUCAAGACUUCAGAAAACCCACUAAAAAGGACCUUGUCUAUUUUGAAAAUUCUCCUGAUUACUGUGUGAUGGACAAGUCUGCAGGUUCAUUGGGCACAGCAGGUAGAGUGUGUGACAAAGCUUCUAGAGGAACAGAUGGCUGUGAAGUUAUGUGCUGUGGUAGAGGAUAUGAUACCACUCGUGUUAACCGAACCACCAAAUGCGAGUGUAAAUUCCACUGGUGUUGUGCAGUGCGCUGUAAGGAAUGUGAAGAAACAGUCGAUGUGCAUACAUGUAAGGCUCCAAAAAGGGCAGAAUGGCUUGAUCAGACUUGA